AUGCGCGAAAUAGCUCAUAUUCAAGCUGGACAAUGUGGAAACCAAAUAGGGGCGAAGUUCUGGGAAGUAAUUUCUGAUGAACAUGGCAUAGACCCGACUGGAACGUACCAUGGAGAUUCUGAUUUACAACUGGAACGCAUAAAUGUGUACUACAACGAAGCAACAGGGGGUGGGAAAUACGUGCCACGAGCCAUUCUCGUGGACCUGGAGCCUGGUACUAUGGAUUCGGUCAGAUCUGGGCCAUUUGGACAGCUGUUUCGCCCAGAUAAUUUCGUAUUUGGGCAGAGUGGAGCAGGCAACAAUUGGGCGAAGGGACAUUACACGGAAGGAGCUGAACUGAUGGAUUCCGUGCUUGACGUUGUGAGGAAAGAAGCAGAAAGUUGUGACUGCCUUCAGGGAUUCCAGCUAACACAUUCUCUCGGUGGUGGAACUGGUUCUGGCAUGGGAACGCUGCUGAUAUCGAAAAUAAGAGAGGAGUACCCUGACCGCAUUAUGAACACUUUCAGUGUUGUGCCAUCACCUAAGGUCUCUGACACAGUUGUCGAACCAUAUAAUGCGACCCUUUCCGUCCAUCAGCUGGUUGAGAACUCUGACGAGACUUACUGCAUCGACAACGAGGCUCUGUAUGAUAUCUGCUUCCGUACAUUAAAACUCACUACUCCGACUUAUGGAGAUCUCAACCACUUAGUGUCUGCAGCAAUGUCCGGGGUAACAACAUGUCUCAGGUUCCCAGGUCAGUUAAAUGCUGAUCUUCGCAAGCUUGCAGUAAAUAUGGUACCAUUUCCUCGCUUACAUUUUUUCAUGCCCGGAUUUGCUCCUUUGACAUCACGUGGGUCUCAGCAGUACAGAGCUUUAACUGUACCGGAACUCACACAGCAGAUGUUUGAUGCAAAAAAUAUGAUGACAGCUUGUGACCCCAGACAUGGCCGAUAUCUCACUGUGGCAGCCAUCUUCAGAGGGCGUAUGUCUAUGAAAGAGGUAGAUGAACAGAUGCUGAACGUCCAGAAUAAGAACAGCAGUUAUUUUGCUGAGUGGAUUCCAAACAAUGUUAAGACUGCAGUGUGUGACAUACCGCCUCGUGGCCUUAAAAUGUCAGCAACAUUUAUUGGGAAUUCCACAGCUAUUCAAGAACUCUUUAAACGCUUAGGUGAGCAGUUUUCAACAAUGUUCAAACGCAAGGCUUUCCUUCAUUGGUACACUGGUGAAGGUAUGGAUGAGAUGGAGUUUACAGAGGCUGAGUCAAACAUGAAUGACUUAAUUAGUGAAUAUCAACAAUACCAGGAAGCAACAGCUGAAGAAGAGGGAGAAUUUGAUGAAGAGGAAGAAGGAGAAGGAGAAGAAGCAUAA